GAGUUUCCUGUAUAAAUAAGUACAGCUUUCACACAGCUCUUGCAUAUGUGUGGUGACAUGUGCUUUAAGAGAUAAUGAUAACAUACUUCUAAUAGCAGGGAGGAGAUUAUUUCUCGUAGUGACGGGAGGGAGGGAGAUGAGUGCACUUUCAAGCCUAUAACAUGUAAAGCUUUCCCAUGCAGCAAGGAAGAAAGACGGAAAGGGGGAAAUUGUUUUAUUUUUCAGUCUCUGAGCUCUUGCUGGCUGUAACAUGUCUUGGAAUUACUGAAAUGUGAGUGAAGCUGUUGAAAAGUCCAGCAAUGAAGAGGGAAUUCUCCUCUCCGUUUGUGAGAAUUGCUGGGUGUGUUUAAACUGAUGUCCUCUGCUACUAAAAACUGCUUCAGCACCAUGACAACCAGAGUAGCAGAAGUCGGGGAAUUACCCUUGGAGUCUUUGGUGACUUGCAAAAUGUGCUUAUAUGAAUAUUCACUGGAUAAGAUGACUGCUCUUCAGGACUGCAAUUGCAUCUUUUGUACCUCAUGUCUAAAACAAUACAUACAAUUGGCCAUCCGUGAAGGGUGUGGUUCUCCCAUCACUUGUCCAGACAUGGUCUGUUUAGGCCAUGGGAUGCUACAAGAAACAGAGAUAGCCAGCUUGGUUUCUGCGGACCAAUUUCAAUUGUACCAGAAGUUGAAAUUUGAAAGAGAAGUGCAUUUGGAUCCAUUGAGGACCUGGUGUCCCUCUGCUAAUUGUCAGACUGUGUGCCAAAUUGAACCAAGUGACUCUGGAUUACCAGUGUCUAUAAAAUGUCAGAAGUGUUACUUGACAUUCUGUUCAUCAUGCAAAGAGCCUUGGCAUGUGGAGGGAUCAUGUUUGGAAAGCCAUAUCAUGGGGCUUGCAAGUGAGCAAGGAACACUUAUUAAAAGCAACUCAGAAGCUCCAAUUAAGCAGUGUCCAGUUUGUCGGAUCCAUAUUGAGCGGAAUGAAGGCUGUGCUCAAAUGAUGUGUAAAAAUUGCAAGCACACAUUUUGCUGGUACUGCCUACAAAAUCUGGAUAAUGACAUCUUCUUAAGGCAUUAUGACAAAGGUCCCUGUCGAAAUAAACUGGGCCAUUCACGAGCCUCAGUUAUGUGGAACAGAACACAGGUUGUUGGCAUCCUAGUGGGCCUGGGAAUCGUCGCAUUGGUAACAUCUCCAUUACUGCUCUUAGCUUCGCCAUGCAUCAUUUGUUGUGUCUGCAAAUCCUGCCAAAGCAAGAAAAAGAAACAUGGCCCACCACCAACAUAAAAAUUUCUGCCUAUUUUGGAUGUGAAUGUGUUUAUCGUCUUUGUCAGGGAGAAGACUAAUGGUGGACGUCUUUCACUGUGCUUUACUAACCAAUUCUCCUUUGUUUUGCCAACUUCUGUAAAAAGUGCCUACUGGUUCACAGGUUGCCACUUUUAUUUACAAGCUGCAGUUCAGGGGGAUGGAGUUGGGAGGGCUAUUUGUUGUGAUCUGGGUAAACUCUGGUUUUUUUUUCCAUUUUUUUUUAAUGGAGCCGGACUUGUAAGAUAUUUUAAGUUGUUUCAAAAUGACUGCUUUGUUGAAAUAGGCAGAUGAAACUGCAAUUAUGCACCAGAUUCUGAAUGACUAUUGAUUUUCAGAGCACCUUGAUGCUGUAUUUCCUGAAGUUAUACAGUUGAGUAAGAAAAUAAAAUGUGUAAUUCAGCACUUUUUAAAGAAAAUAUUGGUUACUUUAAAUUUUACAUUUCUAGUGCAGACUUAGUGACAGUUGAAAAAAAAACAAUUCUCUAAGUUAUCACUUUUUAAUAUUUUUUUAAAAAAUCCAUAGCUGAAAAGGGGGAAACAAGAAAACUCAAGUAUUGAACAUAAUUGAUAGAUCAUCUUGCCAAUCUACAUUUUCUUCAAAGGCAAGUCAGGUCAAAUAAAUUAUUUAAAAUAUAUUCUACCUUACUAUGGCAGCAAAGCAAAUAAUAUGAGUCUUCCCUUACAUAGUAAGCAUAAAAUGCUGAGCAGAUCACCCUAUUUGUAUCACCCUGGCCUAUACAUUAAUUAUUUCCAAGCAGUCGAUAAAUCCUGAGUGCUAAUUGAGAUACUAACUUUGGUCUAGAAAUUGGACGUACAGCAUAACUGACCUGAAUAUGACAUAACUGGGGCUUUAUUUAUUUUUCUCUAGAUUUCAUUAUUACUAUCUUAUUCCUCAUGGUUGAAGUUUAGCAGGAGAGUGAAAAUGAUAUUGAGACAUAAGGAGUUUGUCAUCAGUGGAAACAACUGAACUUGCCAAACGAUUUGCUUUUGUAGAUAUACUAUUCAGUAAACAAUAGAAAAUAUUUUAAAAACCAAGAACAUGAUCUUAAUAAAUAUUGUUGCAAUAAAUAACAGCCAUUUUGUCGAGCUAGGGAGAAGCUGUGAAAAUAACACAGUUAUCUAAACAAAUGUUUGUAAGUUGUGGACUACCUGUAUAUCUACAACAAAACUGGGAAGAUAACACAUAGCAGCAACCUCAAAACAAGUUCCAUGUGUAAGCAUAGUUAAUAAAUCUAGUUUUCAGAUUAAAUAACUACUUACCUGUGUUGGAGUAUCUACUGUCUCAAAACAGAUCCUCAGCUAGUGUGAAAUCAAAAGAAGAAACACCUUGAAAAUAUUGGAAAAGAACAAAGGAUGAUGAAGAAUGUACAGUGCUGCAAUCUUGGUUACAAGAAAACCAUUCUCUAUUCGGAUCAUGUCUUCAUCUACACCACCCCAUUCUAUAGGUGACGUUACAUAAACAAGACACUCAACCGUUUCUUGAACAAUUAAGUUUAUGUAUGUAUGUAUGUAGUCUAAUACAUCGAAGAAAGCCAUGUAUGUUUCAUAAUGCUCAAAAUGUAGUCUAAUGUGAUAAAAUUGUCUGGACUUCUACAAGUAAAUGCUUUUAAUAAGCUUAAAUUAUUGGAUCAUUUGCUGUAGAAAUAAAUUGCCAUAUUAUCAAGGAAUGUUUUAGUUAACAGAAUACUUUGUGAUUAUAUUAUCUUACAUAUUCUUUAUGAAACAGCAAUAUUCUAUCUAUCUAGCAUGAUGGCUGGGGAAUUCUGGGAGUUGAUAUCCACAUAUCUUAAGGCUGAGGUUGAGAAACACUGAACUAGGACUGCCUGAUUUAUAUGCAUCUAAUUUUCUGUUAUCUAGCUUGAUAGUAAAAUAUAAACCUUAGGAACCUUGGCCAGUGUAAAAAUUUAAUGAGUAAUAAUUAGGAAUCUUUAGUACAAUAUCAGAAUGAAAAGGGGGAGGGCGUAAGAACCACAAUGAAGGACCAGUUCUCCUACUGUAAAUUUCACUACUCCCCCCCCAAAAAAACUCUCCACGUCCCCAGUUCUUUUUAGAAUUAAAAUUGAUGAAAUUUAUAGGAAAUUUAUAAGACAGAAUGUUUAGCAGAAAAUGGUAGCCCAUCAGAUUAAGGAUGUAUAUUUCUUUUUUUUUCUUUUUGCAAAACUUGUUAACAUGAAUAAAUAAAACUUACUUUGACAAAAA